GCCCGGCCCAGCCCGGCCCUGCCCACGCUGUCCUGAGGUUGAAAUGCAGAAGUCAAGGCUCUCUCGUCGGGAUGUAGAUUUCCUUGUAGUUCUUUUCUUCCUCGCGCUACUGUUCUCUCCUCAGCGGAGAUCAGAGAGGCUCGGGGCCGGUGCGGCCAGGAGCGCAGGAGGCCGGGAGUCGGUUCCCGGGCACAGGGAUCCACUGGGAUUUAGGGCCGGCCUGGAGGUGCCCCGCUCAGAGGAAUGGAACCUGCCUUCGGGGAAGUGAACCAGCUCGGAGGGGUGUUUGUCAACGGGAGACCCCUGCCCAAUGCCAUCAGGCUGCGGAUUGUGGAACUGGCGCAACUGGGUAUCAGGCCGUGUGACAUCAGCCGGCAGCUCCGCGUUUCCCACGGCUGUGUCAGCAAAAUCCUGGCUCGCUACAACGAGACCGGCUCCAUCCUACCGGGGGCUAUCGGCGGCAGCAAGCCUCGGGUCACCACUCCCACGGUGGUAAAACAUAUCCGGACCUACAAACAAAGGGAUCCGGGCAUCUUCGCCUGGGAGAUCCGGGAUCGCCUGCUGGCCGAUGGCGUGUGUGACAAGUACAACGUGCCGUCGGUCAGCUCCAUCAGCCGCAUCCUCCGGAACAAAAUCGGGAACCUGUCUCAGCAGAGUCACUACGAGUCUUACAAGCAGCACCAGCCGCCCCCACAGCCUGCUCUGCCCUACAACCACAUCUACCCCUACCCCAGCCCCAUCGCUGCUGCGGGAGCCAAGGUAUCCACCCCUCCCGGGGUGCCGGCGAUCCCCAGCACCAUGGCCAUGCCCAGGACGUGGCCGUCCUCUCACUCGGUGACGGACAUCCUGGGGAUCCGCUCCAUCACAGACCAAGUGAAUGACACUUCGCCUUACCCCAGCCCCAAGGUGGAGGAAUGGAGCAGCUUGGGCCGAAACAGCUUCCACCCGCCGGCCCAGCAUGCCGUGAACGGGUUGGAGAAGAGCUCCCUUGAGCAGGAGGCCAAGUACAGCCAGGCACCCAAUGGCCUCCCAGCCGUCAGCAGCUUCGUGUCCGCGCCGGCCAUGCCUCCCUACGCCACGCCAGCCCAGGUGUCCCCGUACAUGACGUACAGCGCCGCUCCCUCCGGCUACAUGGGCAGCCACGGCUGGCAGCACGCGGGGGGCACCCCGCUGUCCCCGCACGGCUGUGACAUCCCCGCCUCGCUGGCCUUCAAGGGCGUGCAGACAGCCAGGGAGGGCGGCCACUCCGUCACGGCCUCCGCGCUCUGAUGCUCGAGCGGCCCAGGAGCACCGCGAGCUCGCUGGCUCCUCGCCCCGAGCCUGGCUCAAGGACUGCUCUCCUCAUGCCGGCCAGACUUGGCAUUUCUCCUCCUGACUUGCCUGCCGUGAGGCUUUUGGGAUUGAAAGAGCUGAAGAUGAUGCCAGAAACUGAGAGAAGCGUGGUGUCGCGCUCUUAAAGACUUUGUGUCCCUCAAAGGGCUCGUGGAGCCUUGUUCCACUCUCUCCUGGUCAAACCACACAUAUUUAUUCUUAAUCUUCACAAACUUUCUAAAUGUGCAAUUGUUACUAAGAUUUGUGCAAAAAUCAAUAAAGAAAAAUCAGCACGGAAAAUUCUGCAAUGCCUUGAAUCAGCAAAGGUGGCUGAAUGGGAAAUGUUU